CAGGGCCGAGCUAGUACGCAUGCGCAAGAUUGACAGCUAACUAGCGCAGCGCACUUCACAACAGCCAGCUGACACCGCCAGCUAACCACAGUGGUUUACGUUUGGUUUUGUUUCCGGCAAUACAUUAACCGUCACGACGCUACAAUUAAAUCCUAUGGGAGCGACAUAGUUGAGAUUAUUUCAUAGAAGUAUCAUGGCGGUUGUACUUAAAAGCUUUGACAGCUCUUCGUCUGUGUAGUUUGCUAGCUAGCUAGCUAGUUAAAGUUGAUAGCACUGAAUAGCAUCAACGCUAGCUAGCUAAGGUACAGCGGAUUCUCACAAGCUGGCACCAGAAAACCUAAUCGUCAACCAUGGGAAUACUAUUUACAAAGCUAUGGAGGCUUUUUAAUCACCAAGAGCACAAGGUUAUUAUUGUGGGCCUGGACAAUGCUGGCAAGACCACAAUUCUUUACCAGUUUUCAAUGAAUGAGGUGGUACACACCUCUCCUACGAUUGGGAGCAACGUGGAGGAGAUUGUGGUCAACAAUACCCAUUUUCUGAUGUGGGACAUUGGAGGCCAGGAGUCCCUUAGGUCAUCGUGGAAUACAUACUACACAAACACAGAGUUUGUCAUUGUGGUGGUCGACAGCACAGACAGAGAAAGGAUCUCCGUGACCAAAGAUGAACUCUACAGAAUGCUAGCACAUGAAGAUUUAAGAAAAGCAGGGCUGUUGAUCUUUGCCAACAAGCAAGAUGUGAAAGGUUGCAUGUCUGUGGCUGAGAUCUCCCAGAGCCUCCAGCUUACCUCUGUCAAAGACCACCAGUGGCACAUCCAGGCCUGCUGCGCCCUCACUGGGGAGGGGUUGUGCCAGGGUCUUGAGUGGAUGAUGUCACGGCUGCGUGUGAGAUGAUGACCUUUGACUUUGAUCAAGAGUGCACCCUUGCUCUUUGUUUUUUCUGCCUCCAAACACAAGCUUGAAAUGAGGAUGGGCAUGAGGUCGGUUGAUGGAUGGCCCUCUCCUCUUUCCUGUGAUGCUGACGUGGGCAGACCGCUGCCAGGACCUUAUAUUAUCUUCUGUGAUAAUUUAUUUUACAAAAGACGUCUGAACUCAGAACAAACAAACGUGACCUUUUCAGAAGGACAUUGGACAACAAAAGAGACUGAAAUUAUUUAAACUGAAAUUUCUGCACGGUUUUCCUUUCAGCAAAACACAGAGGUCAGCAAAGUGUCUGAGUUGGAAUGGUACAUAGACUUAUUCUUCAGCUGUGUGUGAGUCUAGCCCACAGUGGCCUUGCAGUAUUGCCGGACUGGCUGUGGCGGUUUUUAUUGCCCCCCUGUGUGUACAGUCCAGUAUUUUCUUUUAACGUGGUGCCUGCAGCAGAAUGUUGAAGCGAUGAUGGUUGAUGGGGACUGAAACAUGCAGAAAUGAGGGUAAAAUCACAAUAUGCCCUCUUCCUUUUCAGUCUCUAUGAAUAAUCAGUGAAAUAAAGUGUUUUUAUCUGUUUCAGGUGAA